UCGUGGCAUUGUGAUGGCGGCCUCGCUGCUGCUGGCGGCGCUGCUGGUGCCGGCCGCCGCGUCCCUCAACGUGCUGCUGGUGAGCACCAUGUCGUCGCCCAGCCACUCCAUCUGGACGCACGCGCUGGCCUCGGGCCUGCUGGGCAGGGGCCACCGCGUCACCGAGCUCGUCAUCCUGGCGCCCGCCGCCGCGCACCCCAACAGGACCAGCUUCGUCAUCACGGCGCCCACCUACAGCGAGGAGCACGGCAUUGACCUGGAGGUGACCAACGUGCUGGACACGUGGGGGGAGAUCGCCUUCAUCUACGGCUUCACCUGCGAGUCGACGCGGGCCGCCCUCGAGUCGCAAGCCUUCGCUGACCUGACGCGCCACCUGCGAGAGGACAAGCCCAAGUUCGACCUGUUCGUCGUCGACUACGCCCUGCAGGAGACCUUCAUCGGGCUCAACACGCUGAUCGGCCGCGUGCCGGUGGUGGCCUUCACGGCCUUCAACAUGCCGGAGGACAUCCUGCAGCUGAUGGGCUCGCCGUUCGCGGCGUCCCUGCUGCCGUACGGCGGCGUGGGCGCGCACGGCGGCGUGCCCAUGACCUUCGCGGAACGCGCCCACAACCUGUACCGGUGGCUGGCCUACAAGGCGUACAUCCACUUCUUCGUCCGACCGGCCAUCGAGAGGGACCUCGCCAAGACGUUCCCCGGCGCCCCCACGCUGGAGGAGCUGGAGAAGGACGUGGCCUUGUCGCUGGUCAACACGAGCCCCGCGCUGCACGGCGGCAUGCCCCUGGUGCCGGCCGUCGUGGAGGUGGGCGGGCUGCAGGCCAGGCCGCCGCAGCCCUUGCCCAGGGACCUGCUGGACUGGGUGGACGAGCGGAACGCGCCGCACGGCUUCGUCCUCAUGUCUUUCGGCACCAACGUCAAGUCCUCCAAGCUCCGCAAGGACCGGCGCGACGCCAUGCUGCGUGCGUUCGGGCGCCUCAAGCAGCGCGUGCUCUGGAAGUACGAGACGGAUGACAUCCUGGACAAGCUGCCGCCCAACGUCAAGGUGGCCAAGUGGCUGCCCCAGAACGACAUCCUAGGCCACCCCAACAUCCGGUGCUUCGUGUCGCACAACGGCGGGCUGAGCACCCAGGAGGCGAGCUUCCACGGCGUGCCCAUCGUGGGCGUGCCCUUCUUCGCCGACCAGAUCGGCUACUCGCACAAGAUCGAGAAGAUCGGCAUCGGGCGGCGCGUGCACUACCAGGACAUCACGGAGGACAGCUUCUUCGAGACGGUGUCGGACGUCGCCAACAACCCCAGGUACCGCGACAACAUGAAGAAGGUUCGGCAGGCGCUGCGCGACCAGAAGGAGACGCCCCUCGAGCGCGCAGUGUGGUGGAUGGAGUACGCCGCCCGCACCGGCGGCGCCCCGAACCUGCGCUCGCCGGGCCUGCUGCUGCGUUGGUACGAGCUCUACAUGCUGGAUGUCUUGGGCGCCUUCCUGCUGGCCGCUGGCCUCGGCCUCUGGCUGCUCAACCGCGUCGUCACCAGCUUCAUCGCCCUGCUCUUCCCGCCACCUGCGCGGGUCAAAACCAAGCUCCAAUAGCCUGCGAAGACACGGUACAUAAACAUUUAGUGUGUGGCUAAACUAAACAGCCUUGCCAAGUUUGGGUGAGACAAAAAUGCCUCACCAUUAAAUGGACAGACUCUUUAGUCUGGCCACGGUACAGGUCGCAUGGGCCGUAUUCACUGUAAAAAAUUCCGUACUUUCGUACGGAAAUGGUGUAGAAAAAUAAAGUACGGAGGUACGGAGAAAAGUACGGAACGUUCCGUACUUGCUCCAUAUGAACCCAUGUAAAUGGGUACGGAAAAGAAGUAUGGAACGUUCCGUAGUUGGCAAGUACGGACGGUCUAGGCAAAUUAUUGACCAGACAUGUUCCGUACUUUUUCCGUACUUUUUUCUCACAGUGAAUUGACUGUGCUGAGAAGUCUGGCCACGUUGUAGCAGUAUUACCUCAAGAGCAGUUGCCAACGACGAAACGAAUUUGAGUUGACAUCGGGUGAUCCAAAAUUCUGAAUUAUUCCUUUCAAGUAGCUUAGUGUGCUGCCGGAAGGCUUGGGUUUUUGACGCUCAAUUUUCUACUAAGAAAUGCUUUGCAGUCGAUACUGAGCUGUUUCUCUGCACUCCAAGAUACAAAUGUAUCACAUUACUGACAAAUUCAUUCGUUCUAUGAAGAAACGAAUCGCUUUUUGUUCGUACGAAGAAAAAUCGCACUUGCGAGAGUUCUAGGGACAGCUCUUGGCCGUGCAGGCUCUUUCUCUGGCGUCAAGAUUUCGGAGCGAUUCAUUAUCACUUUAGGAAACUGAUAUCAGUGUGAGAGACAUGCACGCGCCUGAGGCGAUGUCUCUUGUUUCCCCGGUGAGUCCUUUCAAGUGGCCUGACGUAUGAGUGAUUGUCACAGGUGGAUAGAAGGCAAAACAAAAAAUGAUGGAAUAUGUGCACGCGAAGCUGCAACUGCUACCAGGUGGCACAAUUUUUGGGGUCGCAUUUUGUGACGCAUGUGUCGUUGUUGAGUCUUACGUCUGGUUGGUAAGCAAUUUAGUAGUAAUAAUGAGACGCAAGUUCACUUCACUCUCAUCCUUCAAUUGACAUUUAUUAGUAUUCAUCGCUGUUUGUGCACAUUAAUAGAAUUCUGUUAAGAAGCUUAACAGAUUUGUCAAGACGAAAUUGAUAAUAAAAUAUCUGAAACAAAUGAAAAUGUUAGUGUGCUCAUUAAUGAGCCCUGAUUGUCGAUUUAUUUUUGAAGCGUCGUUCUCAAAACGUUUUCGAGCUCUUUGGU